AUGGCCGACAAUCCUGAUGUUCCCAAUACUCAAAAGGCCUUUGUGCCACUGGAAAACAACCCCGAAGUCAUGUCCCACCUAGUCCACCAACUAGGUCUCCCCCCAUCUCUCGGCUUCACAGACGUCUACUCGAUCGACGAGCCCGAUCUUCUCGCCUUUGUCCCCCGCCCAUCUCACGCUCUUCUCCUCGUCUUCCCCGUCUCCGAAACAUAUGAGCAAUCUCGACGAUCAGAAGAUAGUUCCCUCGACGAAUACACUGGCUCCGGUCCCUCCGAGCCAGUCAUGUGGUUCAAACAGACCAUCCGAAACGCCUGCGGUCUGAUCGGCCUGCUCCACGCCGUCGCCAACGGUGAACCCCGUCAACAUAUCACCCCGGGCUCCGAUUUGGAUCAUCUCCUCCGACAAGCGGAGGGCUUACAGCCCAUCCGCCGGGCGGAUUUAUUGUACGAGAGUAAGGCGUUGGAAAGUGCGCACGCGGACGCGGCCAAGCGGGGGGACACGGCGGCGCCGCAGGCGGAGGAUAAUGUCGAUCUACACUUUGUUGCGUUUGUCAAGGGUCUGGAUGGGACGUUGUGGGAAUUAGAUGGGCGGCGGAAGGGGCCGUUGGCGAGAGGCAAGUUGGGCGCGGAGGAAGAUGCGCUGAGUGAGGCGGCGCUUGCGUUGGGAGUGCGUCGGUUUUUGAAGACUGAGGCUGAGGGGGGGAAUCCUGAUUUGAGGUUUAGUCUUGUGAGUUUGGGGCCGGUCUUUGAUUGA